AUGUCAACUACAGCCACUGCCACAAAUAGUUACACUAGGAAUGUAAAUGUGCGUGUAAAUAAAACUAUGAAGACCAAUGUGAUAUUAAAUAGACCUACUAAGAUCCAACACGGGAAUUUGAAGAUUAUGAUCCUUGACGCACCGUCUCCAUCGACUCUAGAUCACUAUAUCAAUAAAAUGAAAGAGUUUUCAGUCAAAUGGUUGGUUAGAACUUGUGAAUCAACCUAUUCAGAUCUAGAAGUGAAGAAUCACGGAAUAAAGGUGGAGGAAUUGAUCUUCAAUGAUGGCGAGUUUCCUCCAACAAAUGUUAUUUCGCGAUGGCUUCAAAUUGUAAGCGAAACAACAAAAGAUGGUGGAGCUGUAGCUGUACAUUGUGUGGCAGGACUUGGACGCGCACCAGUAUUAGCAUCUAUUGCUUUAAUUGAAUACGGAAUGCAGCCCCUGGAUGCUAUUCAGUUCAUUAGGGAGCGCCGUAAAGGUGCAAUUAACAGUAGGCAGUUACAACAGCUUACAAUAUACAAGAGGUGUAAUUUACAGCGGAAGUGUCUUGGCAUCUGCAGUAUAAUGUGA